AUAGGCCAGAGCUGGCGUACAGCUGGUAGAGUAGAUGAUGAAGGAGUAGAGUAGAGCCGAGUAGAGCAUGGAAGUAUGCAUGGAAGCAUGGAAGUAUGGAAGCAAGCAAGCAAGCAGAAGCAAGGAGCGAGUAUGAACAUCUCCGGAUAUGACGUCAUGCGCACGCGAGCGCGCUAGUCUUCUGGUUUGGUCAGUCUGGUCCGCAAAAUUAGGCGUUAUCGUAACCCUCGGGCGGGGGAACGAUAUGAUUUUUUAAUAGAUAUGGCUGAGGUGAGGCAACCCAUGGUUGAAGAUCCAGGGCCUCUUCUCACACUUGGAGACCGUGUCGUCUGGCUGUUUGAUCAUGGUCCAGAACAUGGCUGGGUACGAUUUGUUGGGCGUAUCCCUGUUGUCUCAACAAACUGGGCCAUUGGUGUUGAAUUUGAUAACCCAGUUGGAGCAGGAGAUGGGAAGUUUGGCGGGAAGCGGUACUUCUAUGCAAAAAAUGACCAUGCUUUCUUCCUUCCAAGUUCAAGCCUUAUUCGAUCUCAAGAUUACAACAGCACAUAUGACAAGAGAGGAAAUACUGUGAGAUUAUCAACCAAAGUGUCCACCUUGCCGCAUAGAUUCAGUACAAGCCCACGUUCAUAUGUCAAUGCUGGGAUUCCUCGAUGCAUCUUUGGUUGCCACCACUGUCUCGGACAUGGAAGCUGUAGCUCACAGGCACACACAGGACCAGCGAGCAAGUUGCAACGCUACAAGUCGUCUACCCUUGGGACGAAAUGCCUUAGAGACGGUCAACCUGACUCAGACACUUGGUUGGAAGGUGGUCCAAAUAAUGUGUGCGUCCAGUCGUGGAAAAGCAGCAGCACUCAUUCCGUUGUCAGUUGUCCGUCCAUGCUCCUGCCGCAAGUCGCAGUUGCUCAAGAGGUGUCUUCAAGUUCAGACAGUGGGUUAGAUCUCGGAAGUCUGCGAUCACUCAUGGCCUGCUUCACAAUGGGCCCUAAUCGCAAAAAGGUGCGAAGGAAAAAGAAGCGCAAGCUGGUCCUCACUGCUAGCCAUAAUAGCAGCUGUUCCUCAGAAAGUAAAAAGAUGUCACAGAAUGACUUCUGUAACAGCAGGAUAAAGCUGGACUCCUCCCAGUAUUUUCCUUCACAUGUCGAAGAGAAGCAGUUUUACAAUGUCACAGAAAAAGUACACAGGAAGUGGGGAAGUGCUUUGCAAGAACCAAGUGGUGUCGUUGUAAACGAUAAUAAAAAGGAAAAGGAGGAUCAGGCAGCAGAGGAAAGCCCCGUGAAUUUGGCUGCGGAACUCAAAGGGCAGUCAAACAGCCUUCCCAUAUUCCCCGCCAAAACGGCGACGACGAAGAAGAAGCGGCCAGCUCCCAAACCUCCCGUAAAGGCAGUAAAGGAUUAUUCCGUGUUAAGCCUUGGAGCUAGAGGAGCGGCGCCACCAUCCCUUCACCGGGUGCACUUGCCCAGUUCAUCGCUGAGGAAAUCACAUAAGAAACCUGCCCCUCCGCCACCUAUCAAAUAUGUGAAAGAGAGCAACUUGCGUCAAGAAGUGCAAUCUACCCGUGAUAACAUAGCCACCGAAACUCGAAAAGUUGCAGAUGAAGUCGCACUUCCAAGUCCCUCCAAACCGUUUUCUUCUGUGGAAGUGGGCACUAUAAAGAAGGAAUCUUCCAUAGAUAUGGCGAAGUCAUCGAAGCCAUUUGACAUAAGGAACAACAUAUUCGAAUCCACAGUCAAGCCGGACAUUCGUUUUAAAGAAGUGCUUCUUCCGCCCGAAGAAAUGCCAUCAGAUGUCACAGAGACGAACAGCACAGCAGCCACACAGAAAAGCGAAAAUGGUGCGGACCCGGAUGUCAAACCCAACAUUGACGCUCGUGGUUCUGUAGGAUAUGCAGGUUCCACCCUGCGUUCACGCCCAGCACCUGUAGCAUCGAACGGCAAGAACGACAGCAUCCUGUCAGAACGACAAGUAAGAUACGUCGCUACGAACAAGUCUGCUCUAUGCCCACCCAUUAUGGAAGAGGACGAAACAUACGGUGCCACAACCACAAAGAAUCAGAUAGACGACUUGGAAGCUAUUCUCAAACGGAACUCGAAUGUCCUUGAACUCCUGGACGCAUUCAACAAGCUUGAAAUUGGUACAGAUACUGCUGGAGAUUGCAACGAUUUAGGUUCCCCGAGACAACAGAAAAAGCAGUUGAAACCAUUAAAGUCACUCUUUCAAAAGCAAGAAGGUAGCAAGGUGGUAUCAACAAAAUGGACGUACACACCUAUGGAGGUCAACAUUGAGAAACCUGCAAUGAGCGCGCGCCAGGAGACGCAAACGCAUUUUGCUGCCCGAACUGAAGAAGUGAAACGCAUCAACGCAAACGUGGAAACCGAAGAGAAGAUAGUUAAUACGUCUGUGAAUCCGGUAUUCUCUGAAAAAGGUGCUCCUCUCGAACGCCCUGCUGAAGCCCUGGCGUUCGACUUGGUGGCAUGCCGUAGGAAUCUCAAACCAAUCAACAGGCUUCCAGGCUUGGGGAUGUUUGCCUCUGAAGUUAAAGGCGAAGCGAAAGAAGGCCCUCAGAAUAGAGUCACUUCGGUGACUGCCGCUUCGACAGAAUCGAAUGCGAAGUUCCCCGAAAAGAGUGGAAGUGUCCCGAAGGCUGUCAAGGUAAACCAAAAUAGCAGCAUUGCGGAGGAGGUGGGCAAGCGGAGAACUCUUUCUGCCUGCUCUGCUAGGAUUACCGCCUUGCCAAAUGCAAUGUCCAACUCUCCUGCGUUUACGAAGGAGCCCUUAGGCAGGUCUUCUCCAUCACUUUCGACGCCCUCGUCACCUCGGUCCAACAGCGGCCAUGUGCUGCCUCCCGUCCACCCGAAUUCUCCGACUGCUUCAAUGCACGCCCGUGUGCCACUUCUCUUCCGGCAGCUGGAAGAAGCAAUCAGCAAAGGCGAGCACGACAGAGCUGCCAUCCUUGCACGAGAACUCGCCAUGUGCAAGGUGUCAUGCUCAUUGCGUCGCAUCAAGAAAACUUGUGCAGAUUCCAAGCAGCUCACUGUUAAGAUGUUCGUAGAAGACAAGGAUUCACAUGUUGGCCCCAUCUCUGUUCGUGUUCAUCCUGGAAUGACUUUGAGGCAUUUGAAGAAGAAGAUUGAAGAGGAGUACAACUUCCCUUCUCAAGUGCAACGUUGGAUCUUGGGAAAGAGCUUGGCAACCGAUGACGCGUCAACGUUAGAGCAGUAUGGAGUCACUCACAGCGAAUGUCCAGUGUUCCUCUAUCUUGUAAGCCCUGUCGAGAGAAAGAAUGAAGUGGACUCAGCAGUGACGCCCGCGUCACCAACCAUACUUCUUAAACAACGCGGUCCAGUUACGAGGAACAGCGAAAGCUCCGAGGAAGAAUACCGCGCUAAUGAAGGAACUGCUCCUAACACAGAGCAGGUGGGACUUGCAGGGCCGACAGGAUGUGACAGUGUGCCACGUUCGAGGAGGGUGUCUGAUGCUUCCAGCACUUUAGACGUUCUCCUGAAUGACAAAGCUGCAGGUUGGACGUGCGGACUGUGUGGAAUAAAAAAUACAGAGGCGGGAAGCUGCGCCAUGUGCGGGGCAGCUAUUGCAACGAAUGAAUCUCCGCAGUACGACGAAGUUCCGCGAGACGACCUCCCGAGUGGGGGAGAGGAAGAGGAUGCGAACGUGAAGGCGGAGGAAACCGUCACAGAGACAGCAACGACGCAGCCAGGCAACCUGCAAGAUGAAGCGGCACCGCCGAAAGACUACCUGAAGUUGAUAGAACUAGACGAACAGGAUUUAGUGCCGAACGCUGAACUGUUUGAGUGUCCCAUCUGCUUCAUGGACACAAACGCAAUGGAGGGCGUCGUUCUAAGGGACUGCCUGCACUCAUUCUGCAAGGACUGCCUAUGUGAUGCUGUGCGUUACGCCCAGGAAGCUAUUAUUAAGUGCCCCUUCAGGAAUGACCAGUACUCUUGUGAUAGCCAUUUACAAGAACGAGAAAUCAAGGCCCUGGUUCCACCAGGCGUCUAUGAAACCCAUUUGACUCGAAGCAUGAAGACAGCGGAAAGCCAGGCUCCCAACAGUUUUCACUGCAAAACACCUGACUGUCCAGGAUGGUGCGUCUUAGAAGACAAUGUGAAUGUGUUUCUCUGUCCCGUGUGUAAGCAUACAAACUGCUUGACGUGCCGAGUGAUCCACGAAGGAAAGAACUGCUUACAGUACCAGGAUGAACUAGAAUAUAAUGCACCUGAAAGCCAAGAAGCGAAACAGACGAAGGACUAUCUGGAUGAAAUGGUUACAGCCGGACAAGCGAUGCACUGCCCGCAGUGUCAUGUGAUCGUAAUGAAGAAGUGGGGCUGUGAUUGGUUGAAGUGCUCCGUUUGCCAGACAGAAAUAUGCUGGGUAACGAAAGGACCUCGUUGGGGGCCAAAUGGCAAAGGUGAUACAAGCGCUGGAUGCAAAUGUGGAGUUAAUGGGGUGAAAUGUCACCCUAAAUGCAACUACUGCCAUUGACGUACGUUUUCAAAAUACACAAAUAACGUGAAAAUGAAACAAAGCGUGCGUAUGGAUGCGAGAAAGAAACAAUAUCCAUACUUUUUUUCGUUAUGGAGUUCCACUUGCUUGUGUACAUGCCACUUUCGCAAUAACAUGAACAAGUUACAAAACCACGUAAGUAAAAUGACAAGUAAAAUUACUAUUCGGGAAACAUGGCUUCAUUGGUCCCAAGACAUUGCUUAACCCUCUUCGGAAGUCCCAUUUUCAAAACUAUGCGCUAAAAGUACCCACGAAAUCGAUCGUAGAAAGGUAGAAGAUCCAGCAAACUGAUGAGGAAAUGUUCUAGGAGGAGCCUCAGGAAGAGCCGCCGAUAUUUCGAAUAGAGACUUUUUUCGUCCAGAAGAAGAGCAGCCUCUGUUCGAAAUAUCGGCGACACUACGUCCUCAGACUCUUCCCUUAACAUAACGAAAUCGAGGUAAAGCAAGAAGCGAGUUAGUGAACAUUGCAAGUGGGCAUUGUAUCUCGUGCUGAUUGAGAAUGAACGCCUUGCCAAGCUCAGUGUCUCCAAAAGCGACUGCGUACUUCAGCCGAUGAUCGAGAACGAGUAGAAAGAGCGGCAUAUGCACAGGACUGACGUCGAUGCGCCACAUUUACGUUGAAAGCAAAAGUAUGCAAACCAGCUGGUGUAAACUUCCUCUAGGUGUCAUACCCUUGAGACUCAAGCAACACAAGACACAUACACAACGCACACCGACUCAAAACUUGCAAAGACUACUGCUUUUUGCUGGUUUUGAGUCGGUGGGCGUUGUGUAAGUCUGUUCUGUUGACUCAGUCUCAAGGAUACGACAUCUAGGUGACCUCAUGACAAGGUCUAGACCACGAGCGUGCUCCAUGUGUCAACUCCCCGCAUUUGGUAUCUUGGAAUUUAUUUUGGCAGAAAAGAGUAAUUGUUGAACAUCAGUGAAGCAGAAAACCAACAUUAGAACGCUAACUAUUUGUAGGAAGUAACAUCACGAUGCACUGCAUUGUAAUCAUCACCUUGCGAGGUGUUACUGCUCGCCGCGGGGCAUUGGAAGGAAAGUUUUGAGGAAUUUCGGUAAUUAAUUGGCAAAGUUAUAUUCACUGCAGUUCGUGAGAUUAAAUUUGCUUGCCUCUCCAACGCUCUGAGGCGUCUACUGUCAAUAUCCUGCCGCUAGGUCCAUCGAUAUAUCUAACGUCAGUGUAGACACGAACGAUGUACAGUCGAAACUCGUUAAUACGACCACGGCAGUUCCCGCAAAUUUUGGUCAUAAAGCGAAUUGUCAUAUUAACGUAGACGUGUGUUACGAGUCAUAUACCAUACCGAUUACGAAAGCUUCGAAAAGUAGAAAAUUUCCAAAUCUGGUAGGAGAAUACAAAAAUGAGGCAUUUUAGAAGAAUGUAUAACAGUUUUUCUUAUAAAUUUGCUUAGUGCAAUUGUCAAUCUGAGGCAUAUCCACUUCUUCUUUCCGGAAGUCAGCUCCGUUCCUUUGAGCUUCUUUUCAGACAUAGUACUCGAUGAAUGCUAUAUGACUGGCCAAUAUGACCAAGGACACUGCUCUUGUAAGCACGUCAGACAUCGGCAUCAUGAGUCAACUCGAAAGCGUGCCUGCGUUUUAUCCGUUAUAAGCCAGAAGAACCGCCGGUUCAGUGAGCAAUGGUCAUAUAGUUACGAGAGUAAAAUACACUUGUCCCCUCCUAGUUGGGCUGAAAAUACCAGUCAUUGUCAUGUAAACGAAAUGUCAUAUUAACGAACAAGAGUUACUUGCGGAGUCCAUUGGGAGGGAACGGUUCCCGAGAAAUAGGAUCAUAAAGCGGGGAUGUCGUAUUAACGAGUGUCAUACUAACGAGGCUCGGCUGUAUAUACAGAAAAUUAAUUUCUUUACACAGUUUAUUUAAACAAUACGCUUCAUACCUUAGAUCUAGUGGCACAGUACGAUUGGGAAGACCUAACAGCACGAUGACCUAACGGGGGAGUAUGUGAGGGUGAGGUGUUGAACAUUUCGCAAAGUGCUUGGCUUAGAAAAAAAAAACAAAAAACACAGAUGCACACAAACACACGGCAGUGCCGCAUUCAGCGGCCGUGCAGCGUUUUUAUCCAUCUGUAUUUGGUAUACUAGCACGCGUUUUCUUUAUUGUGCAUGCUUGCUGCUAGUCGGUAUAGGAGGAGACUGGAGAACCAAGUGUCGAGUGCCUCCAUCUACAAAUUUGUGACUGAGGUAUUUCAUGCAAUUACUGUGAUAAGGAUUACGGCGUAAAUUAAUUUCGUAAAAUUAAUCACGUGAAAUGUCCAAAAGCUUUCUCUAGAUAAUGGUCAAAGCGAAAUCAAAUAAAAGCGUUGCUCUAUUAUACGCCUGUUCCACAUUCAUUGGCGGCGCCUUGUUUUGUAUCAUUCUGCAUGCAAACAUAGGACUCCAGCAGAGUUUCAAUGCGGAGCACUGUAGAAUUUGUAACAGAGACAAGAUAGUGAAAUGUGAGCGUCUCUCCUUGUGCAUUGUUGAACUACAUCUUGAACUGAUUAUGACUGUUGUGUAUUGCAUAAAACCUAGGUUUAUUUAUUUUUUCCACAAUGAAAAAAUGUCGAAUAUAAAAGUUUGAUGAAUAAAGUAAAGGACUAUUCAAAACCUGA